UUGAGUCUUAAUAAAGAGUACCUCCUAUAGUACACUCAUCACUCAUUUUUGAGUCUCUGGUUCUCUUACUUUGCCAAAGCAGCCAACACCUACAUUUUAGGUCUAGCUCACACACAGCAUCACUUAUAUAAGACACACAGCAUCACACACACAGCAUCACACACAGCAUCACACACACAGCAUCACACACAGCAUCACACACACAGCAUCACCCACAACAUCACCCACCCACACACACAGCAUCACACACAGCAUCACACACACAGCAUCACCCAAACGUACGUACAAUGACUGAUUUGCUAAUUCUAGUAGUGUUGUUGCUACUACCUCUUCAUUCGGAGGGGUUAUUAAGUACAUAUAACUAUACACAAAAGCUCGAUCACUCAGACCCACACAGCAUCACAUUUCAACAAAAUGUGAUGCUCAACGACAACCAGUGGGCGGGAGCAAAGUCGGGGGCUCCCAUCUUCGUUCUCGUGGGAGGGGUAAAGGACGGUCCUGAAACCAUUGAUGAUUACGGUCUUCUCAAGCUAUGCGCUAUCAAGUUCCAGGCGUUGUUAGUUUAUAUUGAGCAUCGUUUUCAUGGAGAAUCAAUACCGUUGGGUUCAAUAGAAUCUGCCAUGUCAGAUUAUCGGGUUAGAAAGUUCCUUACUACCGAGCAGGCCUUAAAAGAUUCGGUCACGAUUAUUCAGAGCUUGAAAGUGAAUCUAUCUGCCCACAACUCACCGAUUAUUGUUGUAGGUAUAGGCUAUGGUGGAGCGUUGGCCGUAUGGUUGCGAUUGAGAUACCCGGAGAUUGCUAUUGGAGCUCUUGCAUCAUCAACCCAGUUGUUGUACUACGGUAAGAAUACCCCGGGGAAUGGGUAUUGUACGACUGUUAGCAAUGAUUUCAAGGCUGUCGACCCAAUAUGCUACGAGACUAUUCGUCGUUCUUGGAAAGCCAUCGAUAAUUAUAAAGUUUAUCUAAACGGUUUAGCACGACUUAGCCAAAUUUUUAAUACAUGCAGGCCUUUACAAUCUACAUGGGAGGUGAAGAAAUGGCUUGCUCAAUUGUUUUCAGAAGCUGCCCAAUCUGAAGAUCCAACAAAUAUGGCAAUAACAUUUAUUUGUAGCCAAAUAAGUACGACAAAAAAUCUCAUUAAAGCUUUAGCUGCAACAUUGCACAAUGAAUUGAACGAUGGAAGGAAAUGUUCUGACUACAUUCUUGUACAAGUGGACUCUCCAUUUGAGCCUGAUUCAAAUUAUACAACGGCUUCGGCAUGGCUGCGAUGCAAUGAGUUAAUCUUCCCUGUUGGAUGCGAACACGAUACCAUGCUUCCUGCUAAACCAUUCCAUAUGGCGCAAUUUACACGAUCAUGUCAUAAGAGAUUUGGAGAAGUUCUACAACCAAGUUCACACAUAAACUUUUAUGGGAAUUAUAAUAUGGUUGAAGCUCUUAUCAAAUUCGGAGGAAAUAUCAUCUUUUCCAACGGACUUAAAGAUCCUUCGAGUAAUGGAGGGAUAUUGAAGGAUUUAUCAGAGACCAUUGUCGCGAUAACAACCAUUAAUGGCUCUCAAUAUUGGGAUAUGAAACAAUUAAAAUAUGAUGAUCCCGAAUGGUUGAAAAAUAAGAGAGAUGAAGAACUGGAAGUUUUCAAACAAUGGAUCAAGCAAUAUCAGCAUAAUAACAACAAAUCAAGUCUUGUAGCUUGUUGUCUUUUCAUUUGUUUCGUACUAGAAUUUCUUGUGUUUUACAUAUUAUGUAUGUAAAUAGUCUAAAUUAUGCAAGACACGUGUCUUAAUCCUUAUUUAGUAAUUAAGUGAGACAAUAUUUUGUUA